GUGAAUAGGUGUACAGCACCACUGAGGCUGUUAAGGACACCGCUCGUCCCCAUAGAGACAGGCUCCUACAAACAGGGCUGUUCUCUCCUCUGUUCGUUGGAGACGAUGAUGAUGAUAAUGAUGGCGGCGGCAGAAGCCUCGACGUAAACCGUUUGAACGCAGUUCAUUUCCUCGACAACGUCCCUCAGGAUGAUACCCAGUCAGAUUUUUGAAUGGUUGGAUUAACGAGCAUCAACCGCAGCUUGCUCCUGAAAGGCCGGACGUGUAUCUGUGUGGCAGCCAGGGAGGAGUCCCCCCGUCUCCGGCAUUUCUUCACCGUCAGCAGCAGCAGCGGCAGCAGAAGCAUGUCGCUGUUUUAACAAUAACAACCCUCCAGAGCCAAACAGAGCAGACGACACCCAAUGAGGUCUUAGAGGAUGGAUGUGGAGGUGAGUGCUGGCAGGGUCAGCACCUGGAGGAAAGCAGCAGCAGCAGCAGCAGCAGACGAUGAUGGGGAUGAUGAUGCUGGAGGAGGUGGUAUGGAAGCUCAGGUUGUGCCAUUGGAGCUCUAUGAUUCUGCCAGAGCCAAAAUAGAAGCAAAUCUCCGCUGGUUGUUUGCCAAAGCCUUUGGUACAGACAACAUCCCUACAGACCUGAAAGACCCCUUCUACACUGACCAGUAUGAGCAGGAACACAUCAAGCCCCCUAUCAUCAGCCUGCUGCUCUCUGGAGAGCUAUACUGUCACGUGUGUGGGUUCAUCCUGCAUGCCGAACAGGCUGCCUUGCUCCAGAGCCACCAGUCCGUCAUCCAGGCCCUGUCCAGGAAAGGCAUCUAUGUCCUGGAGACGGACAACACACAUGUUUCUGAUCUGGACCUCAGCUCUGCUCCUAUAAAGAUGAGCGCUCACAUCCACCUUAUUGAUGCCCUGAUGAUGGCCUACAUCGUGGAGAUGAUCAGUGUGGAGAAGGUUGUGUCCAGUGUGAAGCGCUUUUCGAACUUCAGUGCCUCCAAGGAACUGCCUUUUGACCUGGAAGAUGCCAUGGUGUUUUGGAUAAACAAGGUGAACAUAAAGAUGAGGGAGAUCACAGAGAAAGAACUGAAAAUGAAACAACAUCUGCUUGAGCCAUCGAGUCAACAGAAGUCUCCUUCCAAAUGGUACUGGAAGCUUGUACCUGUGCGAUACCGCAGAGAUCACCUGUCAGGUCGGACUCUUCAGCACUUCCCUCUGUUGGAGGACUUGUUAAAGGAUGUGUGUGACGGCUCGGCUCUGCUGGCUGUGAUCCACUUCUAUUGCCCAGACCUAAUCAGACUGGAAGAUGUCUGUCUGAAGGAGGUUCCGUCCAUAGCGGACAGCUUGUAUAACAUUGCGUUACUGGGAGAGUUUUCGAAUGAGUACCUGAACAAAUGCUUCUACCUGAAGCCUGAGGACAUGCUGUAUUCUCCACCAGUCCUGAAGAAUAAUGUGAUGGUCUUCAUUGCUGAGCUUUUCUGGUGGUUUGAGAGUGUGAAACCGGACUUUGUACAGCCCAGGAACCUUCAGUGCAUCACAGACGUGAGAUUGCUGCUGAAGCCUAAAGGUUCUCGAUCCCAUGUACCCACCUCCACCGUCACAAAACGUAGUUUUCUGACUUCAUCGAACUCUGCUGAUGUCUUGACCAUGCCCCCAAGCCCUGACCUCAGCACUAAAUCAGGCUCAUUAAGCGCUGCUCACUCUUUACUGCCAUUGAGACAGAGACAACAGAAGGGGCUUGAGGAAAGUGCUUCAGAACUGAGAACUAGGUCCAACUCUAUGAAACGUGUAGAUGGGCAGCAUCCGGGCUCAGUGGUGCCUUGGCCAGAGAGGAGGCAGAGGCCUUUAUCCCAGCCCGUGCCCUAUGCCCUGCAUUUUCCAGUGGAGGACAACGCAGACAGUAUAAGCCUUGCUCGCUCCAUCAGCAAAGACAGCUUGGCCUCAAAUAUCAUGAGCAUGACCCCCAAACACAUGCUGGGAUCAGGUCCUCAUCUGCCACACCACAGACUCAGUGGUCAGAGUCUCCUUAGCCACAUGCGCAUUGAAGAUGAAGAGGAGGAAAUAGAGGAGGAGGAACUUGUUGCUGUGAUACACCCUUAUGCGUUUUCUCCACAUAAACGUGGGAGUGAUAUGGAACAAGAUGAGCUGGAUCUCCAGGCUGCAACUUCCACCUCAAGGUUGUCUGAUACUCGCUGUCCUCCUCGUCCGGACACUGGUCCCUUUUCUCCGGAGCAUCGGGCAGAUGGCUACUAUCUGGAGCCUUUGAUGCCUGCCAUCCCUAAGCCAGCCAAAGAGAAGAAAAUAAGCAUGAACAAGCAGGAAGAAAGUGGUGAGAGUCACCUUAGAACAGCAGGAGGUGCUAGGAGAUCAGUCACCAAUGUCACAAGUAACCCACAGAAGAAGUCUCCUGUUGCCGGGUCAAGUAGAAAUAUCUUUACACCCAUACAUGUUGCAGAAUCAGUGCCUAGUUCUCUCAGGCUCCCCACAGAGGGAUCGACAGGCAUUUCUCCAUCUGAAAACAAACCAUCUCCAGGCUUUUACCUUCAUAUGUCAGAAGAACCAGACAGCCACAGUGCUUUCUCGUCUACUCUGGAGGUCGGGUAUGACUCAGACUCCGACAUUGCAGACCUUGAAGAAGAUGAGGAGGAGGAGGACGAUCAGAUGGAGAUAACCAGAGAAUUGAUGAAGAAAGGAAAGGGACAAGGCUUAAAAGAGGGGGAGUUGUGUGAAUGUGGAGAGGGUGAGUCAGCGAAGCUGAGAGAGGACUUGAAGGUGAGUGAGCGGGAUGACAAGGAAGGCGGCAGUGGAUGUUCAAGUCCUUGCCUCAGUACCAUAUCCUGGGCUAGCAGCUGCAGUGCUUCAGGCAGUGGAAGUGUCAAGAUGACCAGCUUUGCAGAGAGGAAGCUCCUUAAACUUGGCCUCCGUGAUGGAGUUUCAAGUACCAGCAGCUCUCAGAAGACCACACCAGAUGGCUCCGAGAUCAUCUCCUGCCCUCCUUGGCAACUCAAGACUGACUGCACGACCGGUUGGCUAGGAAAGGUGCCUGGUUCCGUGGGGAACAAUAUGAUGGGGAGCCUCCCAGCUGUGCCUUCAGAGCUGCUGCAACUUCACAUGCAGCUAGAAGAGCAGAGACGUGCAAUAGAGUAUCAAAAGAAGAAGAUGGAGACCCUGUCAGCACACCAGAGACUAAAGCUAGGGAAAGCUGCUUUCUUAAACAUCGUCAAGAAGGGUGGAGGAAAGAGCGACACACUUCCUCUGCCACUGAAACAAUCCUCAAAGCUAACAGCGGCUGAUAAAGUAAAGAGCCAGUCCUGUAGGGACGACUCUUGUCUCGAUACUCUGAAGGCUCAGGUGAAGACAGGUCAAACAGAAUGUGCACAGAUGAACAGAGACAACAGAUUGAACGCACUGACUCAAAGUCAUGCAGCUGAACCUGGCUUGAAUGAGUGUUCUCACUCCAUAGAUCUACUCAAUGAAGCUAUUAGUUCAAUUCAGCAGCAGAUGCUGCAACUCACCUUUCAACAAGGCCUGCUGAUGAAGAAGAAUGUGGUCUCGCCUCCUGAAUGUGUAGAAUCUGGGCCUAGCACAACCCCUGAUACAACACAAUCAACACCCUCUACCUCAGACUCCAGGUCUUACUCUGUCUUUGUAGAUUUCAGUGGCAACAAUUCUCCAACAGUUAGUCGUCCUCCCAAGCUUAGUUCAAGCCAACGCAGCAAAGCUUCAGACAGAAAACAGAACAAAGAGAAGUGCACACGCUCUACAAGUGAAAGUAUUAGUGGAGACCUGGAGACAGAGGCUGUUGUACAGAGCUCCAGGCUAGAGAGAAGCAUCCAGAAGAAGUCUCCCUUCAGAGUCCGUGGUGCCACCACAGAAGGAACUGGGCGUUGCCAUGACAAAGUCCAGUCACAGGACUCAUCGGUCAUCUCCAGGACACAGAAUCAGGCUGCAGAAUCAGAAGAGAACAAUGCUGACAACUCAGGAAAAGAGUCUCUGGGUGAAGAUGAGAGUUCCAGAGUGAAAGGUCACCUGAUUGAGGUGGAUUUGUCAGAGGUUAAGGAUCCGGUGCAGGAUGGCAGUGCAGACGUUACAGACUGCACUGCAGAGGGCGAACAGAAGAACGUGUUGGGCUUCUUCUUUAAGGAUGAGGAGAAGGCAGAAGAUGAAAUGGCAAAACGUCGUGCUGCCUUCCUCCUCAAGCAGCAGCGCAAAGCUGAAGAGGCGAGACUACGCAAACAGCAGCAAGAAGCUGACAGUGAACAGAAACGAGAUGAAGCCAGGCGUAAGGCCGAGGAGGAUCGCAUUCGGAAGGAAGAAGAGAAGACGCGACGAGAGCUAAUAAAGCAGGAAUAUCUGCAGAGAAAGCAGCAAGCGCUGAUAGAGGAGCAGGGUCUGAUCAAGCCUCGGCCACGAACUAAAUUACGCAAAAUUAGGCCAAAAUCGCUACACCGGGAAGAAUUUAACAACCUCGCCAAAGGAUCCACCACACCUGACCUGAGCUGCAGUCAUCGAGGAUCAACGCUCUCUUUGGCGACUGAGGCAGACAGUGUGAUUUCUGAAGGGGCGGAGUCACAUAGGGCUGGAUCAGUGUGUUCCAUGGAGUCCUUCCCUCUGCUGAGCAGAGCGUCCAGCAGGAACAUGGACAGGGACUGGGAAAACGGCUCCAUAGCCUCCUCCAUCACAUCAGCUGAGUACAACGGUCCUAAACUCUUCAAGGAGCCAAGCUCCAAGUCCAACAAGCCGAUUAUCAUCAAUGCCAUCGCUCACUGCUGCCUGGCUGGAAGAGUUAAUGAGGGUCAGAAGAAUGUUGUUCUGGAGGAGCUGGAAAAGUGCGAGUCCAACCACCUGAUCAUCCUCUUCCGCGACGGCGGCUGCCAGUUCCGUGGCAUCUACUCGUACUCUCCGGACACCGAGGAGAUCAGCAAGUUCAUGGGCACCGGACCGCGCGCCAUCAGUCACAAGAUGAUCGACAAGAUCUACAAAUACAGCUCGGACCGCAAGCAGUUCACGGUCAUCCCUGCCAAGAGCGUGUCGGUCAGCGUGGACGCCGUGACCAUCCACAAUCACCUGUGGCAGGUCAAGAGACCAGGGAGCGCACGCAGGAAGUGAGGGAGAAAGGAACAGGACUCUGUUGUUGGGCAGGACCCAAUAAUCAUGUGAUCACAUCUGACAUGUCAUCAAGUAGAGAGGGACGGGGGGGGUUAGAUUGUCUCGGUAAGGGAUUUGUCAUGUCUAUGACAGUGCAGGAAUAUCAAACACCUUUUUAAGCUUUUUAUUCUGCAUGUCCCACUUUUGCAUUUUGAUUUGUAGGCAUGUCCUACACCGAUUAAAUAAUGUUUUAUGAUGGACUCUAAUGUGCCGUAAUGGAUCCUGGAGUUGAAUACUGCUGAUGACUACUUAUAGUAGCAAGCAAACUACUAACACCAAGUGCAUGUACAGACAGGCAGUGGUGAACAGUCACUUGAUUAAUGUCUCGUAAAGGUUGCUGUUUCAGCUUGGCAAAAAAAAAAAGAAGCAAAUUACACCACCGCUGUGAUUAAUCCAGGCUUGACAAACACGUACAGAAUCCCUGUUUAUUCAUCAAUAACUACUACUGGUCAGUGUUUUUAUUCAGCGUGAGCUGUGAACAAACCAUUUUUUUAUUGUAAGUGUGAGAUAUCGGAUGUUAGUGAUGUUCAGUCUCGUUUUCCUCGAUUGUGCGUUUAAGGACGUGUGUGAGUGUUUGUGUUGGGGGGGUGGGGUUUGGGUUCAGGGGUGGGGGUGGAGCUGAAUGUGACGCCUGUGCAUCCAGCUCUGAUUGUUUACUCUCUUUGUUAUUAUGCUUUAAAUCUCUGUCAUGCGACAAAGCAAAGCAACACGACUUUUUCUUUUUUUUUUCUUUUCAGUUUUGAAGCUGCUCUUAUGUUUUUGUGGAUGAGCAAUUGUUUUUUUUUGUUUGUUUUUUUUAAAGGAGGGAGACUUUUACUAGUAUUUUAUUCCAAACAGGAAGCGCUUCUGAGACUCAGUGCAUUAUAUAUUAUCAGCAGUGCAUUAAACUGUAUUAACUUUAUACCGUACCGAGCUGUUCGCUGCUCAUUCCCUGCUAACUGGUUUCUGGUGAGCAUACGAUUCUAAAGUAGCUUCUGGCGUCUACUCUAGUAAUAAUACAGUAUCUGUGUAAUGACUGACUGUCAACAGCUGGUUCAAUGUUGGGAGUAAACGGCACAAUACUUGAUAUUUGUUUUGCUGCAUUUGUACAUUUUUGAAUAGUAUUUUUUGUACAUUAUGUACAAGUUAUGUUUACUAAAAAAAAGCAGGCACUAUUUUGAGGUUUAUUCUGUCACAGGCUUUUCAGAGAUCUUAUUUCGUUGUAUUAUGUUUAUUUAUUUUGAAGAAUUAUAAUAAAAUACAGCCAGGUAUGUUUUCCUUGC